ACAGGAAAAAUGGGCAAGCGUAAGGAUUUGAGAGAGUUUGACAAGGACCAAAUUGUGAUGGCUAGACGACUGGGUCAGAGCAUCUCCAAAACUGCAGCUCUUUUAGGGUGUUCCUGGUCUGCAGUGGUCAGUAUCUAUCAAAAGUGCUCCAAGGAAGGAACAGUGGUGAACCGGCGACAGGGUCAUGGGCGGACAAGGUGAGGAGCGAAGGCUGGCCCGUGUGAUCUGAUCCAACAGACGAGCUACUGCAGCUCAAAUUGCUCAAGAAGUUAAUGCUGGUUCUGAUAGAAAGGUGUCAGAAUACACAGUGCAUCGCAGAUUGUUGCGUAUGGAGCUGCAGACCAGUCAGGGUGCCCAUGCUAACCCCUGUCCACCGCUGAAAGAGCCAACAGUGGACACGUGAGCAUCAGAACUGGACCACGGAGCAAUGGAAGAAGGUGGCCUGGUCUGAUGAAUCAUGGAUGGCCGGGUACGUGUGCGUCACUUACCUGGGGAACACAUGGCACCAGGAUGCGCUAUGGGAAGAAGGCAAGCCGGCGGAGGCAGUGUGAUGCUUUGGGCAAUGUUCUGCUGGGAAACCUUGGGUCCUGCCAUCCAUGUGGAUGUUACUUUGACACGUACCACCUACCUAAGCAUUGUUGCAGACCAUGUACACCCUUUCAUGGAAACGGUAUUCCCUGGUGGCUGUGGUCAAAACUGUCCCACCAGCAAAAAUAUUUUGAUAGUGGCGCGUCGCGUUGCACCGCUCGUGUCCGCUGUAGACCGGCUUUGCAUUCACAAAACUAAAUUCUUCAUCAGGAUGUUGCAGUGAUUGUAGUGAAACAUCUGAUUGUGACGAUGGGGAUUUUUGGGAACCUGGCCUGUACGGGUCAGGCCAACUGUUACAACAACACUUCCAAAGACUACUGCUACUCGGCCCGGAUCCGCAGUACUGUACUGCAGGGGCUGCCCUUCGGAGGGGUUCCCACGGUCCUCGCACUGGACUUUAUGUGCUUCCUGGUUCUUCUUUUUGUCUUCUCCAUCUUACGGAAAGUGGCGUGGGAUUACGGCCGUCUGGCCCUGGUGACUGAUGCUGACAGACAGAAGAGAAGAUUCAACGGUCUGGAGGAGCGGGAGUAUGUGGCUUCAGCUCUACAUUCUGAAACGCCGGACCGUUAUGAACGUCUCACCUCCGUCUCCAGCUCGGUGGAUUUCGAACAGCGAGAUAACGGCUUCUGCUCCUGGUUGACGGCCAUAUUCAGAAUAAAGGACGAGGAGAUCCGGGAGAAGUGCGGUGAAGAUGCCGUCCACUAUCUGUCCUUCCAGCGGCACAUCAUCGGUCUGCUGGUCGUGGUGGGCGUGCUGUCGGUGGGCAUCGUUCUGCCUGUCAACUUCUCAGGCAACCUGCUAGACAACAACGCAUACAGCUUUGGACGUACAACAAUCGCCAACUUGGAUUCCAAAAAUAACCUCUUGUGGCUGCACACGUCAUUCGCCUUCAUGUACCUGCUCCUCACCGUCUACAGCAUGAGGCGUCACACGUCCAAGAUGCACUACAAAGAAGAUGACCUGGUGAAACGCACUUUAUUUAUCAACGGCAUUUCUAAAUAUGCAGAAGAAAGCCAUAUAAAACAGCACUUUGAACAGGCGUACGAGAACUGUGUUGUACUGGAAGCACGUGUUUGCUACAACGUGGCGAAACUAAUGUCUCUCAACGCAGAGAGGAAGAAGACUGAACGCAGUAAGAAGUUUUUCACGGAUCUGAUGGCUAAGGAACACAUGCCCACCAUGAUCAACCCGAAGCCCUGCGGUCACCUGUGCUGCUGUGCCAUUACAGGCUGUGAAGAGGAGGAGGCCGUGAGUUAUUACACCAAACUGGAGGCCAAACUGAAAGAGGAAUACAGGAAGGAGAAAGAGAAGGUCAACACCAAACCGCUGGGCAUGGCAUUCGUCACCUUCCAGAACGAGGCCAUGACAGCAAUAAUCCUGAAGGACUUUAAUGCGUGUCAGUGUCAGGGCUGUAAGUGCCGUCAGGAGCUGCGUUCCUCUCAGUUCAGUGAAAAUCUUCAUGUCUAUAACUGGAGCGUCAGCUAUGCACCGGACCCCCAAAACGUGCGCUGGGAGCAUCUGUCUUUGGGAGGAGUUUCCUGGUGGCUUCGCUGCUUCAUCAUCAACUGCAUCCUCUUCAUCCUCCUCUUCUUCCUCACCACCCCAGCCAUCAUCAUCUCCACGAUGGACAAGUUCAACGUCACCAAGCCUGUGGAGUAUCUGAACAACCCGAUCGUCACCCAGUUUUUCCCCACGCUGCUCCUGUGGGCCUUCUCCGCCCUGCUGCCCACCAUCGUCUACUAUUCUGCCUUCUUUGAAGCCCACUGGACCAGGUCGGGGGAGAACAGGACCACCAUGCACAAGUGUUACACGUUCCUCAUCUUCAUGGUUCUCCUGCUGCCGUCUCUGGGUCUCAGCAGUUUGGACGUUUUCUUCCGCUGGCUGUUCGACAAAAAAUUCCUGGCUGAUGCCACUGUCAGAUUUGAGUGUGUCUUCCUUCCUGAUAACGGAGCGUUUUUUGUGAACUACGUCAUCGCGUCUGCGUUCAUCGGAAACGCUAUGGACCUGCUGCGGAUUCCAGGUCUUCUCAUGUACAUGAUCCGGCUGUGUUUGGCUCGCUCGGCCGCAGAGAGACGCAACGUCAAACGGCAUCAAGCCUAUGAGUUUCAGUUCGGGGCUGCCUACGCCUGGAUGAUGUGCGUUUUCACCGUCGUUAUGACGUACAGCAUCACCUGCCCAAUCAUCGUUCCCUUCGGACUGAUGUACAUGCUCCUGAAGCACCUGGUGGACAGGUACAACAUGUACUACGCUUACCUGCCCUCUAAACUCGACAAGAAGAUCCACUCCGGAGCCGUCAAUCAGGUGGUGGCCGCGCCCAUCCUGUGCCUCUUCUGGCUACUGUUCUUCUCCACCGUGCGGACAGGGUUUUCGACCCCAACAUCCAUGUUUACCUUCGUGGUGCUCAUCAUCACCAUCGUGGUCUGCCUGUCUCACGUCUGUUUCGGUCACUUUAAAUACCUCAGCGCGCACAACUACAAGAUCGACACCAAGGACACAGAGGUUGACGGAGUGGAGAACGGACGCCCUGCUAGAUCUUCACCCUCCAACAAAUCUCAGCAGAUGUACAUCGCCCAGGUCCUGCAAGACCCAAACUCCGAUGAGAUCGGAGCAGGCAGCGGAGAGGACGACGGUCAGGGGUCCUCGCAGGACGAGGAGAUGAUCAACGGCGGCAACAGCCUGAACGAGGCAGACUUCCAGUCCGGAGAGGACAGUCUCAUCGCCAACGAAGUCCACCAUUAACAAAGCCGAGACGGGAGAGAGAAAGGCGGAAGGAUGAGAGCAUGAAAAAGAACCGAUCGCAAGGCCUUCGUCCGCACAUGUCUGUUUUGUCCCCUCUCUGAAUUUGCCGGAUGUUUGUUGGCUCAAAACAUCAGCACCUUAGAAACCCACGUCUGCCAAAACACUUGAACACAGACUGUACAAAGCACACGCGCCCGCACACAUCGAUGCCAACACGCUUCAAAAGACCAUCGUCAUGUGCAUGAACGCUCGACGGCGGCGACUGCUUGUUUGGAACCGAAUCAAAUUCUCGAUUGGAACUAAGACUUCCUGGAGUUCCCCUUUCGUAAAGGUCCAUGAAUAUUUCCUAGUUUGGUUCGAAUACCCUCAGGAAAAGGAAAAACGGAUGGAAAGAAAGCUCUCCUCUUUCUCAUCCCAUGGUUCGCCUUAACAGCGAUGGCAUUCCCAGUCGACGCCACUUAAUUUGCUUGCUUUUUCUUGUCCUUUGCCUAAACGAUUGGAUUUCAUCUGGCAUUCCAAAGGAAAUGUGCAAUAGUGAGAGCGUAGAGGAGGAAUCGUGACACAAUUCGGCUUGCAAACGUGUUGGCUUUGACAAACUGCGUUCACUGUACAGUAUUCUGCCAGAACACUAAGAGACUCCAUACCGACUGAACUUCUCCCCGAUGUACAGUAUUUCCAGAGACGCGCUGUGUGUUUGUGUUGUCAUUGAAUGACCCAUAUUCUUACGUUUUUGUUUUGGUAUUUUUAAUGCUAAUUUUGCCUUGACAACCUUUAAUGGAUGUGUUUGUAUGCCUGCAACGGAGUACCGAAGUCCUCGUCCUCGUAGCGCAGUAGAAACCUAACGCCGCUCAUGACGGACGAGAUGCAAAUCAGCGAUGGAGAAUAAUUCAUUCAGUCACUGGUUGUUUGCGUCCCGCAGUAGAUCGGGAAACUAUGGAAGCUUGUUUCCACCACUGAAUUAAAAAUAAAAAAGGUAAUUGCGACUAAUAUCUCACAGUUCUGACUGUUGUGUGGUAUGAAGUCGCAAUUGCGAGUUAUAAAGUCAGAAUUGUGAGAUAUAAAGUAAGAAUUGCGUGAUAUAUGAAUCGUGAUAUGAACUCGCAAUUGUGAGAAAUAGUGAGAAUUGCGUGAAAUAAAGUCGCAAUUGCGAGAUAUAGUCAGAAUUGCAAAAUAUAAACUCGCAUUUCUGGCUUUUUCUCAAAAUUGUGAUAUGAACUCAAAAUUGCGAGGAAAAAGUCAGAAUUUUGGGUUUGUAUCUCACAAUUCUGACUUUAUCGCAAUUGUGAGUUUAUAACUCGCAAUUCUGACUUUGUUUCUCGCGAUUGAGUUUUUAUCUCACAAUUCUGACAUAACUCAGCAAUUUCCACCACUGAAUAAAAAAAAGAUAAUUGCGACUUUUUAUCUUGCAAUUCUGACAUUAUAACUCGCAGCAAUUUUGAGUUUUACAUCUCGCAGUUCUGAGAAGUCAGAAUUGCGAGAUGUAAACUCGUGAUUGUGAGAGAAAAAGUCGCAAUUAUCAUAUUAUUUUUUUAUUCAGUGGCGGAAACAAGCUUUCAUAGAAAACUGCCGAUCCAGAUCUUGUCGAAUGUUAGUUUAGAAACCGCGUCGCUGUAGACUGAAUGGUUUAAACGAAGACAGCCCGUGAAAAACAGCAAGCGUUCCCUGUUCGGUGCCUGCUUUUGUACGAGAUGUUUUGGGAGAUGCAUUGGAAAUGCAUUUUGUUGAGUCGGUUUUCAUUUUUAGUUGUGUAGUUAAACCUUGUGAGGUCGAUCUAAUCCAAAUACUAAUACUACGAGAAAUGUAGCGUCACGUGAAGCACUUGACAGUCGAUCCGAAGCAGCAGCAACAAAUUACUUUUAGUUUUACUGAGCUAGAUGAGUAAAAUAAUAACGGCUAGUUAUUAAAAGAGAUCUGGAUCCGUUUGCAAUAAACCCCAAGCUGAGAAAACACUUAAUUUUUUUGUUUUUUUACGAAUUUCGAUUAAUAGUAAAAUUCCAUCAAAUUUAAUUAAAUGUACCUUACAUAUCAUUCAUAUGAAUAAAAAAAAAAAAACUAGAGUGUAAUAAAACAUUUUGUAUAAAUCUUAAUGGAAAAGGGGAUUGGUCCAUUUAGUUUAUGAUUCAUACUGAUAAAUUUAAAUAUUUUCUUUUUUUUUUUUUUUUUAAAUGAAUACGAGAUUUAUACAAAAUGUUUUAUUAAGCUCUAGUUCUUUUUUACUCAUUUAAAAUUCUUAAUUCAUAACAUGAAUAAUACGUAAGGAUUAUUCAAUUCAAUUUGAUGGAAUUUUACUAUUAAUUGAAAUGCUCAAAUCUUAAAACAGGCUAAUAUCUAGCUUACCUUUGGGGUUUGUUGCAACCGGCUCAAGACAUUUAAAUCCAUCUGGAUCCCUCAAAAACAGUGAAAUCCCAGUCCGAGAGGUUUCUAUUGGCCGUUUACUGAAGCCAAUCAGGUUUUAGAGUGGCAUAUUGUCAAUAUAAGACAGAAACCAGGUUUGUUUUUUCCAGCACAAUGACCAUGAAGGGACUAAAGUGCAUGUCAACAUGUACAAACUUUUGUGAUACGUUACAGACCUCAGUCAGGGACACAUCCAUACUUUUCCAGAACACUGAAAUGCACAAAAACCUCAUUCAUGAGACAUGAGCAUCUCCAUCUUACAACUAAAAAGUUGAGAUUAAUUCAGCUGGUGUUUCAUGAAUGAAUUUGUACUUGAGUGAAAUGAAUCAUGAUGUAUAUCCAGACUAUUAUUAUUACAGUAUUUCAUGUUUUCAUACCUGCUGCUGCACAUAGUUCCUCUAGAUUGAUGUGCCAGAUUUGUUUAGCAGCCUGAAAUAAAACUUUGCAGUAGUUUCUGUGUCCAACCGACACAUCAUGUCUGAAACCUUUAUAAGCUGAUGAGAGGUGUAGAUCAGGUGUACAGUGAGAUUUGCACUGAUGGUUUUCACUUUUGUUUGUUUUUUGUUACUGUAUUCUCUGGAUGAAGAUGAAUCUGUUACCGGUUUGCAUCAAGAACACGUAGUACGACUAACUGGAUUCACCAAGUAACUGGUACUAAAAUGGCGCCGAGUAACUGGUACUAAAAUGGCGCCCAGUAACUUGAGAAAUGAAAUCGAACAGCCUCAGGUGUUCUUUUAUUUUCCAAAAGACAAAAAAAAUGUUUACAUCUGCGUGUUUGUCAUCUGUCAUUUUUUUUACUUGUUUUUUUUCCUACAUUUCUCAUCGAUGAAGACACAAAGGGUAAACUAUGAAAGCUGUAGCUACAGCGUCUGUGCGUCGUUCAUCGUAGCUACACGCCGGAGAUACUGACGUCGAUUUGUGUCUGCCCGCGCUUUUGAAGAUCGUCGAUGAUGAUCGGUGUGUGUGUGAAUAUUCUGUGAAGAAGUGAACGUGAGCACACGAUAUUGAAAAGUUGGAUUUGUAUAUCCAAAUUAAGGCCAUUUCUUCGUUUCUGGACUGUCCCAUUUUUCGGGGUUCCUCACCGGCUUCUUAUUGAGUUAAUGGCGUGAAGGUCUCUUCAGCAUUUGGCGGUGAAGUAAAGAGCGGUGCGGGUAUUUUUGUAAAAUUGUACUGUUUGGAGAUGCAAAUGUUCAGCCUGUUGAAGUAUUUGAUACUAGUAAUGUAUUAAAGACGUGUCAAAGCUAGCUGUCGCUUAAUGGAUUUUUAAUAUAUCAUGACUUUGUUUUAUAUUAAGCUAAACAUUAAGUUAUGAAGCGCAGAAUGUGUUUUAGAACGAAAACACUGGAGAUGCAAUUUUGCUCAGAGCUGUGCGUUAUGCAAGAAUGAAUUACAGGAUGAUGUCUGUACAAACCUUGAUUUCCAGCACAGUUCUGAUGCCGAUGUACAGUAUGUUUGAGUGGAUGAAAAUGAGCUGUUUCUGUUCUUGUAUUCUGCUCACAUGCGGCUUCAACACUGUAGAAGGACUGAUCUAGAACCCGUGUGAGAUUUCUUUUGACAUUUUUUUUCUGUCCAAAGGUCGUCCUUAUGGUGAAGCAUUUGUCAUCUUCAGUUUCUUGAUCAAUAAAAGUUGGUAUUCAUUCUGUGCA